UUUCCUAUGGCCUCGCUGUACGUGGGCGACCUGCACCCUGAGGUGACAGAGGCAAUGCUGUAUGAGAAGUUCAGCCCGGCCGGACCCAUCCUCUCCAUCCGCAUAUGCAGGGACAAGAUCACCCGCCGCUCGUUGGGCUAUGCGUAUGUCAACUACCAGCAACCGGUGGACGCCAAGCGGGCCUUGGAGACCCUGAACUUUGAUGUCAUCAAGGGCAGGCCAGUGCGCAUCAUGUGGUCCCAGCGGGACCCCUCGCUCCGCAAGAGCGGAGUGGGCAACGUCUUCAUCAAGAACCUGGGCAAGACCAUCGACAACAAGGCUCUGUACAACAUCUUCUCGGCGUUCGGCAACAUCCUGUCUUGCAAAGUGGCCUGCGACGAAAAGGGGCCCAAGGGCUAUGGGUUCGUGCACUUCCAAAAGCAGGAGUCCGCGGAGCGGGCCAUAGAUGCGAUGAAUGGCAUGUUCCUGAACUACCGCAAAAUUUUCGUUGGGAGAUUCAAGUCGCAUAAAGAACGAGAGGCCGAAAGGGGAGCCUGGGCCAGGCAAUCCACCAGUGCUGACGUCAAGGAUUUCGAGGAAGACACCGAUGAGGAGGCCACCUUGCGAUGAAAACAUCCCAGGAGCGAGCCAGCCAGCAGAGCCAAACCUUGGCUCCCACCCGGUUUACAACCCCACCCCCCAUCCCAUUCUCCCCAACCCACCAGCAGUGUAUUGUAUUGGGAGUGCAGGUCUCUCUCUCACCCCUUCCUUCCUCCUUCCUUCACUCCACCUCUGCCUUCCUGUUUGUCCGUCUCUGUGUCUCUCUUGACUUCCCCCUUCCCUCCCCUCCCCUCCCCCCACACCCACCUUGGGUGUUGUGAAUAAUCUUGCUAAUCUGUGCCACUUGAUAGUUAAAGGCUGCCUCUUCUCCUUGUGGUUUGGUUUAAAAAGCACUUUCUCUCUUUGUUUAUUGCACAGGUGAUGCAAUGUCAUGGUAGAAACAUCAGGAAGGAGAAGGAAAUCAGAUGAGGGAAAACCAAGAGAGUAAUUGCUCCCCAUGACCCUACUACCCGGAGACAACCACUUUUACCAUUUUGGUGUGCUGUUUUCCAGGCUCUCUUAUCUCCUUCUCUCUCUCUCUCUCACCCUUCCUCACCUCCACCCCGCCUUCCCUUUUAACACAGUGUUAUAGAAUGGUUCAUGUAUGUGGUGUUUCUUAACCUGCUUUUUCAAAAACUAAAACCAAACAAAUGUCAACCCAUUGAACUUCUUUCCGUGUUAUUCAACAGGCUUGAGAAAGGUCAUCUUCAGUGCCUGCAGAGUGUAUCUAUGGACCCUAACAUUUCUGUAGUCAUUGCCACAUUGUUGGACAUUCAGGUGGUGCCUAGUUCUUUCCCUGUGUUUAAACCCAGCACUGUGUAUACUCUGAUGAGUGAAUUCUUCCUUGUCAAGCCAAAUCUUUGCUAGCGUACAGGAUGUUCUUAAUUGUGGACUUGCAGGAUCCACAUGUGGACAUUUUAAAGACUGUUCCUGUGUGUUGCCAAAUGGCCCCUUCAUAAGCAUUGUUACCAAUUUGUAUUCAUGCCAGUCACCUCAAAUAGUAAAAAUAGUAUGCCCAUUUCCCCUGCAUAGUCUCCUGGUCACUGUAAUUGGUGUGUGUGCGCGUGUGCGUGCGCAUGCGUGUGCCUGUGUCUUGGCCCACUCGAUGGUUGUUUUGCUGAAUUUAAAUACUGUUUAUCACCUCCUUUCCCUGAGCCCACUUUCUGCUCUUUUCCCCAUUCUCAGAAAAAUAAUCCAGCUUCAUUUUAGGAAAAAAAAUUCACAAGCAGACAAGUCAACAGAAGAAAAUUAAUUUCACAAGUAAUCAGUCUUAAUGACCUCCCUGAAUCAUUUUCUUCUGCAUCUAAUAGUUACUAUGAAGUACAUGAAACAUAUUAGGCUGUAUCUCUCUAGGAUGUUUGUGAUUCAUUUGUCAUGUAUGUAUAUAGUAAUGUACAUAUUGUUUUUAUACUUGCUUUUUGACACCUAAAUAUGUGUGUGUGUUUAUACACACAAUACUCUUUAACUUCAUUUCAUUAAAGAUAAUUUAAAAAUAUUA